AUGGUCUCUCAAGCCCUGGAGCUGUCUCGGAAGCCCCAUGUUGUCGUCGCUACCCCUGGCCGCCUGGCUGAUCACCUACGGAGCUCCAAUACCUUCAGUCUUCGAAGCAUCAAGUUCUUGGUCCUAGACGAAGCCGACCGGUUGCUAGAACAAGGCUGCACCGACUUUACCAAAGACUUGGAAGUCAUCUUGGCUGCAGUUCCAGCCAAUAGGCAGACCAUGCUCUUCAGCGCCACCCUGACCGAUACCCUGAACGAGCUCAAGAAGGUCGCCAUGAACAAACCGUUCUUCUGGGAAUCGAGAUCUGA